AUGUCGCAAGAAACCGACUCCACCGUAUCCACGACGAGCAUCGUCUUCGAUCGCAUACAAGAACGUCUUGACACCAAGGAGUUUUCGGCUCGCGGCACCGAUGGCGACGACAAUGACUCCCUCAAGGACGAACUAAACAAUGACGAUCUCGAGACUGGGCCCUUCUUGGGUAAUGCGAGCCCCUCUUCCCGUUCAUACCAGCGCUCAUCCGCCGACGGUCAGCGUAUGGAUCGCAGUUUGAGGAGAUGGUUAUUCAUCGUGUCGGGAGCGCUGGUCGCCACUUGGGUCAUCGGCCUGAUCUUCUUCGUCUCGUCCAAGGCCUACAAGCCAUCCUCCUCCUUCGCGCAUGACCCCCAAGCAACAGUCACGCACGGCAGUGGAAAGAAGGUCACGCUAGACCAAGUCUUGAACAAUGAAUGGCGUGCCAAGAGCCAUUCCAUCAGCUGGAUCGCUGGUGCAAACGGAGAAGAUGGCCUUCUUCUGGAGAAGGAGGGCGCAAAUAAAGACUACCUUGUGGUCGAAGAUGUGCGAGCUCAGAACCCUUCCUCCGUCCAAGCCUCCAAAAGCAAGACCCUGAUCAAAGACAAAUUGUUUGAAUUUGCCAACAAAACAUACUGGCCUACUGUCACCGUUCCCAGCCGGGACUUGAAGAAAGUCUUGCUUGCGACCGACGUUCAGAACAACUGGCGCCACUCAUACUACGCUGUCUACUGGAUCUUUGACGUUGAGACUCAGCAAGCUGAGCCUCUGGUUCCCUACGAUGUCGAUGCUCGUCUCCAGCUGGCGUCAUGGAGCCCCACCAGUGAUGCCAUUGUCUACACUCGGGAUAACAACAUGUUCCUUCGCAAACUCGACAGCGAUAAGAUUGUGCAAAUCACCAGGGACGGCAGUGCAGACGUUUUCAACGGUGUCCCCGACUGGGUCUACGAGGAAGAGGUGUUGGCAAGCGGUGUUGCGACCUGGUGGUCCGAGGAUGGCAAUUAUGUUGCCUUUUUGCGGACCAACGAAACAGGCGUCCCCGAGUAUCCCAUCCAGUACUUUGUGUCAAGACCCAGUGGCGAGGAGCCUAAACCGGGAGAGGAGAACUACCCCGAGGUCAGACAAAUAAAAUACCCAAGGGCCGGCGCACACAACCCCAUUGUCGACCUCAAGUUUUAUGAUGUCGAACGUGGCGAUGUCUUUUCUGUCGAUAUCUCAGGCCGUUUUGCCGACGAUGAUCGCCUUAUCACCGAGGUUAUCUGGGCCGGGAAGCAGGUCUUGAUCAAGGAGACAAACAGAGUGAGUGAUGUGAUGCGCGUCGUGCUGGUUGACGUUGGAUCGCGCACUGGAAAGGCAGUCAGAACCGUUGAUGUCAACGACAUCGACGGUGGCUGGUUUGAGAUCUCCCACAAGACCAAGUUCAUUCCGGCCGAUCCUGCCAACGGUCGUCCUGAUGAUGGCUAUGUGGACACUAUCAUUCACAACAAUGGUGAUCAUCUAGCAUACUUCACGCCGUUGGAUAAUCCAAACCCCAUCAUGCUCACCUCUGGGGACUACGAAGUUGUCGAUGCGCCAUCUGCCGUUGACCUGCAAAGGAACCUGGUCUACUUUGUUUCCACGAAAGAAUCCUCGAUCCAGCGUCAUGUCUACCAGGUCAAGCUGACCGGAGAAGAUAUGACACCGGUGACGGACACUACCAAGGAGGGUUACUACGCCAUCUCGUUCUCUACCGGUGCCGGAUACGCCUUGGUGUCCUACCAGGGCCCAGACAUUCCCUGGCAAAAGGUCAUCAGCACCCCGAGCAACCCCGACAAGUACGAGCACGUCGUGGAGGAGAACAAAGAUCUCGCCGAAGCCGCCAAGAAGCACGAACUUCCUAUCAAUAUCUAUGGCACUAUCAACGUUGACGGCGUAGAACUUAACUACAUCGAGAGACGUCCGCCACAUUUUGACAAGAACAAGAAGUAUCCCGUGCUGUUCCAACAGUACAGCGGUCCCGUCUCCCAGACCGUCAAGAAAACCUUUGCUGUCGACUUCCAAUCGUUUGUGGCUGCUGGUCUCGGUUAUAUCUGCGUUACGGUUGACGGGCGUGGAACAGGCUUCAUUGGCCGUAAGAACCGUGUCAUUAUCCGGGGCAACCUCGGUACCUGGGAAUCUCACGAUCAAAUCGCUGCCGGGAAGCACUGGGCUCAGAAGGAUUACGUAGACGAAGACCGUCUUGCCAUCUGGGGCUGGAGCUACGGCGGCUACAUGACGCUCAAGACCCUCGAGCAGGAUGCGGGACAGACCUUCAAGUACGGCAUGGCCGUCGCCCCCGUCACCGAUUGGCGCUUCUACGACAGCAUCUACACGGAGCGGUACAUGCGCACCCCCCAGACGAAUCCCGAGGGCUACGAAUCAGCCGCCGUCACCAACGUUACUGCCCUUUCGCAGAACGUGCGCUUUCUCUUGAUGCACGGCGUGGCCGACGAUAACGUUCACAUGCAGAACUCUUUGACGCUCUUGGACGCGCUCGAUCAGCGGAGCGUUGAGAACUAUGAUGUUCAUGUUUUUCCUGAUAGUGAUCAUGGCAUUUAUUUCCAUAAUGCUAACCGGAUCGUGUUUGAUAAACUGACUAACUGGUUGGUCAAUGCUUUCAACGGCGAAUGGUUGAAAAUCGCCAACGCGCAGCCGAACGGCAUGAAGCGGCGUGCUCUUCCCACUGCUUGA